CAUUUCAAUGAUCACAUUUAAUUACUUCGUCUGCACGAACAGCUGAGGACUUCUGCUUAUUAAAUUUAGCAAAAUGGAAAUCACUUUUCAUGGAAAACGGGCGCUCGUGACAGGUGCUGGGAAAGGCAUUGGACGUGACAUUGCAAAGAAGCUGGUAGAAUGUGGAGCAGAAACGUAUGCCCUUAGUAGGACCCAAGCAGACCUGGACACCUUAAAGUCUGAGGUGCCUAGCAUGCACAUAGUGCUGGCUGAUUUACAAGACUGGGAUGGGUCAAGGAAAGUCAUUGAACAACUUGGUCCUAUAGACCUCCUUGUUAAUAAUGCUGGAGUUGGAAGGAAUGCACUGUUUAUGGAGGUCAAGAAGGAAGAACUUGAUUAUGUGUAUGACAUCAAUGUGAAAUCAAUAGUAAAUGUAUCACAGGUUUGUGCAAAGGGAAUGAUAGAGAGGGGAACGGCAGGCUCUAUAGUCAACAUGUCCAGCAUAGCCUCUUCAAAGGCUUUACAAGAACAUACGGCUUACGCUUCUUCAAAGGCUGCUGUAGACAUGAUCACCAAAGUCAUGUGUCUGGAACUUGGUCCCCACAAGAUAAGAGUGAAUGCUGUGAACCCAACUGUGGUGUGGACAGAAAUGGGUAAGGGGACCUGGAGUGAUCCAGCUAAGUCUGGCCCUCUCUUAGCAAGGAUUCCACUGAACAAGUUUGUAGAGAUAGAAGAUGUUGUGAACGCCACCCUGUUUCUGCUGAGUGACAAGAGUGCGAUGGUCAAUGGUACUUGUAUGUUACUGGAAGGAGGGCUGUCCUGUAGCUAGAAAUCCUGCUGUCAGUAGUCACUUUCAUCUGUUCAUCAGAAUGUUAAGUUGAUUUCUGUCAUUGAGAAUUUAUUCAACUAAGGAACAUAAUGACCAAAUUGUGCCAUGUAAGAUAUGUAUUUUAUUUCAAUCAAGUGAUGUAAAUAAGACUUUUUUUAUAGCUCACCAGAUAUGCUGUUAUUGGCAAUCUUUAUCGUCUGUUCAUCAGAAAAAACUUCUUCUGAUCCACUGAAUAGAAUUUCAAAAUAUUUGGUUACAAACAUUAAAAUAGUGGCGGAGCCAAAAAUUGGUAAUUUUGUAGUAUUGCUUCUCUGGAUCUUUGAAAAAGAUAUCAUCCAUUUUUGGUUAAAACACAUGCUAGUAGUGGGAUACAAAAUAGUAUAAAUGGAAUGUCUACCCCCUGGAUUGAAAGAUGUGCCAAAAAAUUGAGCCAUAGGCUGCUGAGGUUGAGGUCUACAUAGAUGAUAUUGUCAGUAUUGACUUGAUGAGGAGAAGGAAGUAGAGGGUGAGGGUAAGGAGAUUCAGUCAUCAUUGGGAGUCCCUACUCCCAUAACAUAAGAGUCCGCUGGUCGGCCUUUUUUCAAUCAGAUAUGAUUUUGCCGACUGCGACCUCUCAUUUCCGAAGCACUAAUUCUUUGAUGCAGUUUCCGCCCGAAAUCCGGGCGGAACAAAAUCGGCUUGAAAAACAUAUAUAAGUGGUUAACAGCUCAUGACAACGGUGUCUACACACGGUUUAUAUAAUAUAGAUCUCAUAUGUAUGUCACAGACACAAAUAUAUAGUAUACUACGGAAUAGAACACUCAAA